GAUUUUAAAACUGGUCGCGUAAAGUGUUCAUGAAUGUUGGGCUAUGAAAGGCUUAAAAGUGACAGACAUAACAAAUACCUGAUACAAUUGAAAGACUACUUGUUUAAACCCAAUGACCCCUCUGAUAUGACAGAAACUUUGGUUGUCAUCCUCAUUUACCUUCCUAAAUCUACCAAAGAUAUAAUAGAUAUACUAAUGAAUAUUUAACCAUUAAAUCGACUUGUGUUUCUACUUUUUGUCUUCUUUAGUCUUUCAUCAACUAAUGGAGAUCGGGAACUUCAUCUUUCUCCUACUUUACACAAUGGAGACUGUCGAAAACCUUCAAAACUAGCUCGACUGCAGUCACACUCUCCUGGAAAUGCAUUUGCCCAAGCCUACACUAAUUCAGCGAAUUGCUUUGAAAACCUCAUCAAAUCGCCUGGGAACAACGAGUCUACCAAUUGUAAAUGGAAUCCUUCUAAUCUUUUAGCAGCUAACGAUUCCAAUUGUUUGCAAAUUCGUCAAGUAGCUCGGUCUACAAAUGAAAUGAAUGGACUAAUAUCUUUAAGUAAUGGACCUGCAUUUACACGUUAUCGAAUCGGUCGUUUAUCACGCGGUGAUGAUGAGGAUGACGAAGAUGAUAGUGAAGAGACAGAUGAAGAUGAAAGUGAUGAUGGAUGUAUUGUUUAUCCGAAUACUAACUCUUCAACUCCUAAUCCUAGUCAUGAUUCUGAUCGUUCUCUUUGUAGACACUACCAACAGCAACGUUCAAAACAAGAUCCUGAAGUUGAGAUUAAUAAAAAAUCCAAUAUUGUUAAUAGAACAACUACAUUGAUUGGUACAAGUCGAAUGGCUUUUGCUAAUAAACGUUCUCCUGUCAGUCGCUUAAAAUCCGCUUAUCGGUUCAAGAAAAAACAGACUUCUAUGAAUAUUAGAAAAUAUAAACACAAAAGACGGUCAUCAUCACUUAGUAAAUUUACCGCUAAGAAUAAGCUUCACACUACUGAACUUAAUAUACCGUCACCAAUAUUGGUUCCUUCCAAUGAUUCUCAUAUGACAUCAGAUUUUGAUACAUUGUUCACAAAGUUUCUACCAAAAACUGGCAUUAUCAAAUCAAAUAAUAUCCAACGAGAUCAUGAUAUUGUGAACAUUAAUUUUGAAUCAGUUAACAGAUCAGAUCAUAUUGACUUACCGUUGGAUAAUGAAUUUAAUACAAAAGCUAACUGCAUAGCAGAUCCAUUGUCUGUUUCUUCCAAUAUUGAAACAUCUUAUACUAGUAAUUCUAAACCACUCAAAAGUCCUUUAUCUCGUGUCUCUUCUCGAGGUAGUGUCGGAGAGGAUAUAUUUACGGAACAUCAAUUUAGUCCUUUAGAUAUUGUUUGGGCCAAAUGUUUGGGAUCACCAUGGUACCCAGCAAUAAUUGUAGAUCCAGAUGCUAAUGAAGGUUAUUCUCACAAUGGUGUUCCUAUCCCCCUACCUCCGGAGUCAGUGUUAAAAUGGGGCAAACGAAUAGCCUCCAAUAAAUCCACUGAUGAUUUAGAACUUUUAUUAGUUCUCUUCUUUGAUACAAAGCGUACAUGGCAAUGGCUUAGUCCUCAGAAACUUCAACCUCUUGGAAUUAAUAAAGAACUCGAUUAUGAAAGACUACGAGAAGGAAGAAAAAGUAAAAUGAAGCAUUCAGUAACGAAAGCUUAUCGCCGAGCUGUAGAACAUAUAUGUAAGGUUCACGGAAGACCAUAUCCUUAUACUGAUGGGAAGUCGACAGAUAUUGCUGUUUUUACCUUGUAAAAAAGUCAUGACCUUUUUUGUACAAAGUAUAUUUUUCAAUUUAAUGCAUUCACGAUUAACUCGUAUAAAUUCUCAAACACUAAAUAUUAUCAUCCGUUAUACGAUAUAAAUUACUGAUGAUUUCUUCACCCCAUUGUAUCAUAUUUAUUAUCCCAAAGAUGUUAGUAAAAUGUAAUGUCCAUGUGAAAUGUCUAUUAAUUUCUACUAACGUUUAAAACAAGUUUUUUUAACCUUUCGUUUCACCAGCUCUAGUUCCACGUUGAGUGUAAAUAAAUUUUCAACGUAUCUCUUUUUUUAAUAAUGGUAUGGGAAACGGAUUCAUAUCCAUUCUGUCUAGUGAAAACUUCAUACAGAUAUUUAACUUAAUCAUUGUUUUGUGACUUCCUUGACUUUAAAAAGUAGUGCG